AUGUCUGCCGCUAUUGCAGGCUCAGAUGGUACCGCCGGUCUCACAUCGCUAUCACCCACGACUGGGCGCAAACAGCCGAGCAACACCGAGACGGUAGGAGGCAAAGAAAAGAGAUAUCGCUGUCAAUUCUGCGAGAGGGCAUUUAGUCGCUCGGAGCAUCGCAGCAGACAUGAGCGGUCACACACAAAGGAAAGACCGUUCCGCUGCACCAAGUGCAAAAGCACUUUCGUCCGAAGAGAUCUACUUUUGCGCCACGAUCGAACAGUUCACGCCAAGGAUGAUCAUCCGCUACAGUCUGAUACCAAGAGGAGAAACACAGGCGCCAAAUCCUCCAAGAUACCUGAGCUAGACGAGGCAGCCUUGGAGCAGUUCGGCGAUAGUAGCGACCCGUUCAGUGUGGAGCAAGCUGCUAUGUUGAUGACUAAUUUCCAGCAAAGAGCUGCCAUGUCUGGACCCGAUGUCGGCAGCAUACAGACAGAACCGCUGAUCUCGCCUCAUGGCCCGCAAAUGAUGGAGCCGAGCAUGCCCUACCCAGGCUCCAUGACUUUGCCACAGAUGAACGGCUGGGAUCAGAUGCUACCUCACAAUGUCAGUCAGCCCAAGGCAUCAUCAGUAGCGUCUAGCAUAGAUGCUGGCCACGACAUGCUUCCAUUCUCAAGUGCCAAUACCAUGGCUGGUGCGACGAAUACAUUGCCACCUCUGAUGGAACGUCAAGAAAGUCAGAAUGAUGGUCUGCCAUCUUUCAGCUUAUCUUCAAUCAAUGGUCUAGGUGGCGGAGGGCUCGCCACGCCAGGUGCACUUUCGCCAUUUCCUUCUAUGCUCGGUCCUGUCUCGCCAGUAGACUAUCGACGAUCGCCCGGCCCGCCACAGCAGUGUACUAUGGCCAGAGCACCGCAGGUUGACAACGAGGAGCAGAUCAAUGCAAUCAUGGACAAUAUUCGCCGCUGGGACAGCGAAGGCGCAUUGGUCGACGCUUUCUGCCUACCACAGCUGAACGUGCUCAACCGUUACCUUUCGACAUACUUCAACUUCUUCCACCAUCACCUACCAUUCCUGCAUCCCGCCUCGUUCAACCCAUCGACUGUGUCUGCACCUUUGUUGCUAUCCGUGCUAUCGAUUGGCGCUCUGUACACGUUCGAGCAGGAUCAGGCAUACAUGCUACAUAUAGGUUCGAAGGUUUUAGUCACGCAAUUCUUGCAGAAGAAGGACAACUUCAGCUCACGGAAAUGCCCGCUCUGGAUGAUGCAGAGCUCGCUUCUUAAUAUGAGCUUCGCCAGCUGGAGUGGCGAUCCCAAAGGUCUGGAAUGGGCUUGCUCGAUCAAAAGUCUGCUCGCCAAUAUGGUCGCCGGCAACAGGUACGAGCUUAAGCUGCGCAGCGAGGGUAGAGAGGCUAGACAACCCACACACGAGGAGUGGAUCGAGGAUGAAGGCUGCAGACGUACUUACUUUGCAGUGUACAUCUUCUUUGGACUUCUCACACUUACCUACAACCACACGCCCGCGAUCAGCUUUAACGAGUUCGAUACUCUGGAAUUGCCAUCUUCAGAAACUCUCUGGAACCUGGAGGCUACAGAUAGCGAGAGCUGGAUCGAGAGCUUGACUGCAUCGACUAUUAUUACAUUCCGAGAAGCGCAUGAUGCACUCUUCCAGGGCGGAAACGCGCGAUACAGUGCAUUUGCGACACGUGUGAUGAUCAACGCACUAUUUCUGGAAGUGUGGUACCACAAGCGCAGUCCCGAAGCCCUGCAAGAUGUUGUGACCGAGUACAAGCUGAGGCUGGCACUCGACACUUGGGAGAAGUCUUUGGAGCUGUGUGAACCAGAGACCGUGGUAGUGCAGCUCAGCGCGCCACACAAGGGCCAUCCUCUCAUCUUCAACGCUAUGGCGAUGUACCGCAAUACACGUGCAAGGCUGUUGGUGGAUCUAAAGACUGUUCAAGAAGCUUUGCGAUACCACGACUCCUAUGAGGUGGCGGCGGCUAUGACACAUGCUCGGGACCAGGUUAAGCGAAGUUCAGAGAUGCUGAAUGUGAUCCAGGCCUGCUUUGACUGCAUCGAAGUGGCAGCAUUGCAAGGCAUCAGAUGGGUGGCAAGGACUUCGGCGACGAACUGGAGCAUCGAGCACCCAUUGUGUGGACUGGACUUGAUUGUGAUCCUCAGUUUGUGGCUAUGGCGGGUAGAGCACGAUGAUGAGCCUGCAAAUGAUGAGGAAAAGGCCAUGUAUCAGAAGCUCCGGAAUCUCUUCGAUGACGACUCGGUUGAAGGCUUGAACAACAAGCUGAGUGCGACUGUCGCUAAGCUAUGGGGUAGCAUGAUCGACGAGGUUGUCGUUUGGGGGAUCACCAAGCUCAUGGGCGAGUCUUUCAAGCUCCAUUCGCAAGCACUUACCGGCUACGAGGACGCUUUGGUCGCUGAAGCUGAAGAACAGAACAACAUGUCCCCGACCUCUCAACAACUGGCGCCACAUGCACCCGAAGUGACCGCCUUCUAA